AUGGGCAAGGUCCAGGUUGAUGUAUUGUUUGGCGGCCAGGAUAAAUUCCGAGUGGAGAACAUUCUGUUUGAAGUGGUUGAUUUGGACAACCCUUACCAUGCCCUGCUAGGAAGGCCGUCAUUGGCAAAGUUCAUGGCCUCUACCCAUACGGCUUACCUGAAGAUGAAGAUACCAGCACCCAACGACCCAAUAACCGUGGUGGGCAACUGCAAGGUUUCGCUGGACACUACCUCAGCCGGAUCAAACUUUGCUGAGUCACUGUUCAUAGCAGAAGAGAAGGGGUGGAUCCAAACUGCUGUCACGCUGGCACAAUCAUCCCAGCUCAACUUAGCGGCACUGAGCAGCCCACUCGGAGGAACAGCGUUAAAGCCAUCGAAGGAGACGAAGGACAUCGUGCUGGACCCGGCAGUAAAGCAGCCCUUGCGCCGCUUUGAUGAAGACAGGAGAAAUAUCAUCGGUGAAGAAGUCACCAAGCUGCUGGUAUCCGGCUUCAUUGUGGAAGUCCGACAUACCGAAUGGCUGGCAAAUCCCGUGCUGGUCGAGAAGAAGGAGGAAUACCCUAAGGCACCGAAGGCAUGGUCCAUGUGCAUUGACUACACGCACCUGAACAAGGCCUGUCCCAAAGAUACGUUCCCAUUACCUCGAAUUGAUCAAACUUCGCAAGCUGAUGCGGCAUUCAAGGAGCUGCAAAAGAUGCUGGCCACCGCCCCUAUUUUGGCGUCACCUUUGCCAAAGGAACCAAUGAUGCUUUACAUAGCAGCAACAAACCGGGUUGUAAGUGUCGUGGUUGUAGUGGAAAGAGAAGAGGAAGGAAAGACCGUGCAAAGUCCGGUAUACUACCUGAGCGAGGUGCUCUCCCUCUCAAAACAGAACUAUCCGCACUACCAUAAAAUGACUUAUGGCGUGUUCAUGACCGCCACAAAACUCAAGAACUAUUUUGAAGAACACCCAAUGACAGUGGUGUGCGAGGCUCCUAUCUCUGAGAUCAUCGGCAACAAAGAUGCCAGUGGAAGGAUAGCCAAGUGGGCAAUUCAAUUGUCACCAUAUGUGCCGCUCUACAAAAGGAGAGAUGCAAUUAAGUUGCAUGCACUGGCAGAUUUCCUGGUGGAUUGGGCCGAGAUGCAGUAUAAGCCCCCCAAGCUGGAAACAGAGUAUUGGAGGAUGCACUUUGAUGGAUCAAAGCUCAAGGAAGGACUUGGAGCUAGAGUGGUUCUCACCUCACCAAAGGGGGAUAACCUGAGAUAUGUGCUGCAGAUACAUUUCAGGGCAUCAAACAAUGUCACUGAGUAUGAUGCUUUGGUCCACGGGCUUAAGUUGGCAAAAGAAGUCGGAGUACGCCGGAUCAUAUGCUACGGUGAUUCAGAUCUGGUGGUGCAACAAUGUUCCGGAGAUUGGGACGCAAAGGAUGCCAGCAUGGCAUCAUACCUGUUCCAUGUGCAAGAAAUUGCCGGAUUCUUUGAAGGAUGCGAGUUUCACCAUGUGCCGUGGGCGGAAAACGACGCGGCUGACACUUUGUCUAAGUUGGGCUCAUCCAGGCAAGAAAUUCCUCCUGGAAUAACUUUAUCCCACCUCAGGAAGCCAUCGAUCAAACCGAGCCCAGAAUCCGAAUCAAUCUUUGUUCCGGAAUCACAUGUCAUUCCGAUGGAUAUUGACAAGACAACCCCGGUGACUACGUCAUCUAACCCGGGUACUUCAGAAUCAAAGCCAGAAGAAACUAUGUCGGUGGAUUGCAUGGAGCUCGAUAUUCUGGUUUUCGUUGUUCGAGAAGCGCCAUCAUGGGUAAAGCCGAUCAUGGAGUUCCUGGUCAACGACGGUUUACCGGCUGAGGAAGCAGAGUCAAGAAGGAUCCAAAGGAGGUCCAAAGCUUACACCAUCAUCAAUGGUGAUAUGUACAAUAGAAGUGUGACAGGAGUGCUGCAAUGCUAUGUGGCGCCAGAAGAAGGAAAGGAAAUGCUCCAGGAAAUUCACCAGGGAGAAUGUGGGCACCAUGCCUCAUCAAGAGCUUUGGUCGCCAAAGCAUUCCGGCAUGGAUUCUACUGGCCCACUGCUUUGGAGAAUGCAGAAGAUAUGGUCCGAAAGUGCAAUGGAUGCCAGAGAUACAACAAGAAAAAUCACACCCCAGCCUCCAGCUUAAAAACAAUUCCGAUAACUUGGCCAUUUGCGGUGUGGUGCCUGGAUAUGGUUAGACCAUUCCGACCGGCGUGA